AUACGCAGCAACAAUAAGCUAAACAUCACGUCAUUUUCUUCAUUUGUGUAUAAAAACCAUAUAAUAGGUGUACAUUACUAUGUAAAUAUACCUUACUCGUUAAGGUAACGUACCUAUCUUAAGACUCUAGUUUUACAGAUUACGAUCGCUUUUUUAAACAAAAUAUUUAUAUUUAUUAUCGUAUUAUUUAAAUUUAAGACGAUAUUUAGUACGUUUUGAUACUUGACUACUUCAGGAAGGCGUUAUUUAUGUUCUAACGAACAGUUACUGAAGGUUUUUCUAAAUGGCACCAUUUGAUUUUAACAAUUCAGUUAAUGGUGAUUUGAAUGAACAAAUCUUACGAUCAAGAAAUGUAAAGAGGCUGUAAUGUAUUAAAUCUCUCUUAAUUGACUGUUCAAUGGCUAUGAUCAAUUUCGUAUGUCACAAUAAUUACACAACAAUUGGCCAAAGGAACUUUUUACCCGAUCGUAUUUUCAUAAUUUCGAUAAUUCAUGUUCACUCGUAUCACGAGAUUAAAAGAAAUUAUUUUCAUUAUCAUGCACAGUAAUGUUUAGAUUAUAACACAUUUUAUAAUAUAGUUUCAUUUCUUUCUAUUUCCAUAAAUAACAUAUGUAACAUUCUUUUAUAUCCAUCUAUUACAUUGUAAUUGAUCAUACAGGAAGGAGGAAAAAAAAACAAUGCAAAAAUCACACUCACACAAUUUCUUUGUUAUUACAAUACAAUGUCGUAAUAUGCAUUGAAACAAACUUUUUCUACUUUAUAAGACGCAAUCAUUAAUUUUCAAACGAAAAUAAUUGUGGGACUGGUAUAGUAUUGAUAAUCGUUAGUUUUUAUAUACUUAUCCAACACGCAGCGAGAGUAAUAUAACUGAUUGUUAGAUAAUUUUUGAACAUUAUUGUGAAAUACGUAUUUUUCUUGCAAAUAAAGACUCCAAGUAUCGAUAUAAUUUUCUAACUCUAAAUAUGAAUGAAAUGUUUAUCUGUUUCAAAUGUUCGCGGUAGAUGGAAAGGGUAAGGCGGUUCAUACGCAUGCGUCAGUUGCGAAGUCGCUAAACCUCAUCAGUAACAGUAUUCAAUGGAACCUCGACUGAUGCAGUCGCUCGCGUCAAAUUGUUUAUUUAUCCGUCGUGUUUUCGCGAGUACGUCGUCAAUAAAUUUUAAUCAGUAGUGUCAUUCGUGGAUUCAUCAUACACGGAAAUAAAUUUAAACCUCUAUUGUUCGAUUUAAAUUAAAAUUAUCUGUGUUCAACCCUUGUGUCAAACUUCCAUGUUUUUUUUUUUUUCGAAAGAUUGUUUAGAAUUCGUCGUGUCAUCGAUACGUAACAUAAGUGCAUACGCAUAAAUGCACACAUAGUGCACGGUAAUCGUGAAACAUUAGAGAAUCGAUAGGAAAAACAAAAUUGUGAUGUGUGAUAAUACCGACUGACAUUUUAAUUACUCCUUCGCGACCGCGUGGAAUAUUCAAGAACGCCAUCGUGUGUAUUUGACGUUUACGAGUGAUGCUGGUUGUUUGGCAAAGAGCUCGCCGUUGCCUGAGUUGCAGCGGGCAACGCACCAACCAAGGCUACCAACCGCGCCGCCAUCGUGGAUCAUUCGAUGAUAGACUCAAACGAUAUCAACUCGUAGGAAACGGGGAAGAUGCGGCCUUGCAGUUGGAGCUGAAACGGUCUCGCAGGCUGCGAAGAACGGCAGGUCUGCUACCUCAAAAGAUCACCAAAAAGUAAGGAAACCUCGAGUAUCGUCUCGCGUCUCGUCCUUUCCAUGUUGCUAGCGAACCAAAAAGUACGAAAAUAGGAAAAAUAAAAAGCUAAUAGACAAAACAGAAAUACACGAAAAGCAGGCAGGCCGAGGAAAAAGAACGAUCGAAUAUACAUAUAAAGUGAGAAUCUAAGCGCGGGAGAGGGGGAGAGAGAGAGAGAGAGAGAGAGGGGAAGGACGAAAGAUAAAAGAAAUCGAUAAUCGUGUUGAUCGAUCAAGAGCUGGAAAAUAAAUCAUAAGAAGGAAGAAUCGCACGAAAGUAUCUUUGAAGUAUCGCGCGAAAAGAGCGCAGAGACACGCCGUGGCCUAUUUCUUUCGAGAACACGAACUAAAAGGGAAAAUAGGAAAACCGUGGUUUUAUUUCUUUUCGAGAGAAAUAAACAUUUAAAUUAAACGAUAAAGGCGGAGAGGGCCAGUCGAGCGCGUAUCGUUGCGCGCACCUCCGAGUAAAAAAAAAGAGAACGAAGGUAAAAAAAAAAACGCAAACGGGCGAUCGUGCGUCGAGCGGAGAUCGCUAAUUGCGAGAAAAUGGCCCCGAGCUCCACGGCCUCUGCCUCGAUGAAUUGCCUGCUGUAUGCUGCGUCGUUCCUCGCGUUCCUCGUCGUUCUUCAAAGUUGCGCUAGCGCGGACAAACCGCCUCCCUGCGAGAGCGACAUUUACUGCCACGGCGACCUCCUGCACACGAUACAGAUGGCGUCGAUCUACAAGGACUCGAAGACCUUCGUGGAUAUGAAGAUGAAGCACUCGCCCAACCAAACCCUGGCGUUGUUCCGCGACUUCAUGGAGAAGACGGAUCAACUACCCACCAGGCAACAGAUCGAGCAAUUCGUGAACAAGACCUUCGAUCCCGAAGGAUCGGAGUUCGAGGACUGGGACCCCGCGGAUUGGACCACCCACCCUAAAUUUCUCAGCAAGAUAUCGGAUGAAAAUCUGCGGAAGUUCGCCUUCGAUUUGAACCAUAUCUGGAAGAUGCUCGGUAGAAAGAUGAAGGACGACGUGAAAAUCAACGAGGAGCAAUACUCCAUCAUCUACGUGCCCCAUCCCGUGAUCGUUCCCGGCGGUCGUUUUCGUGAAUUUUAUUACUGGGACUCGUACUGGAUCAUCAAAGGACUCCUUCUAUCGGAGAUGUACACCACUGUGAAGGGGAUGUUGACCAAUUUCGUCACGCUGGUGGAUAAAAUCGGCUUGAUACCAAACGGAGGACGUAUUUACUACACGAUGAGAUCCCAUCCACCGUUGUUGAUCCCCAUGGUCGACGAGUACCUGAAGACCACUCGCGACUACAAGUGGCUGGAAGACAAUUUCCACCUCCUGGAGAAGGAGUUCGACUUCUGGAUGACCAAUCGAACGGUCGAGGUCGAGAUGGAUGGGACCAAGUACACCCUGGCUAGGUACUACGAGGAGUCCUCUGGACCGCGACCUGAGUCCUACAAAGAGGAUUAUCUGACGGGUCAAAGCUUUCGCACCAACGAGGAAAAGGAGAACUACUACUCGGAGCUGAAGACUGCUGCUGAGUCUGGCUGGGACUUUUCCAGUCGUUGGUUCAUACUCGACGGCACGAACAAAGGUAACCUGACGAACUUGAAAACGAGAUCCAUUAUCCCCGUCGAUCUGAACUCGAUCAUAUAUCGAAAUGCGCAGCUGCUGGCGCACUACAGCCAGAUGCUGGGGAACGAAUCCAAGGCCGCGUAUUACAAGAAGAGGGCCGACGAGUGGAUGAAGGCGGUGACGGCCGUGCUGUGGCACGACGAGGUCGGCGCCUGGCUCGACUACGACAUCAUGAACGACAUCAAGAGGGAUUACUUCUACCCUACGAACAUAUUACCGCUCUGGACCCAUUGCUACGAUCCCAGCAAAAGGCAGGACUACGUGUCCAAGGUGCUCAAGUAUCUGGAGAAGAGUCAGAUCAUGUUGAACGUCGGAGGCAUACCCACCACCUACGAGCACUCUGGUGAACAGUGGGACUACCCUAACGCGUGGCCUCCGUUGCAAUACUUCGUCAUCAUGUCGCUAGACAAUACCGAAGAUCCCUGGGCUCAGAGGCUAGCCUACGAGAUCAGUCAGAGAUGGGUCCGCAGCAACUACAAGGCGUUCAACGAGACCCAAGCAAUGUUCGAGAAGUACGAUGCGACUGUGUCGGGUGGUUACGGAGGCGGAGGCGAGUACGAGGUGCAACUCGGGUUCGGAUGGUCGAACGGGCUGAUCAUGGACUUGUUGAACAAGUAUGGCGACAGGUUGACGGCCGAGGAUCAGUUCGUGCAAGGGAACGUGAUCGAGAAAUCCUCGUUACCGCCGCCAGUCGUCGUAUCGACGGCUGGACAGGUGAUGACUGGCAUUCUAGCUCUCAUUAUAUCGAUUGCCGCAGGAUUCAUAGGGUGAGAUAUCCUUCUUCUGGUCUAACGCAUCUAGGGGAAUUUCUUUGCCAGAGCAAAGUAUUAUCGGUAUAGUUGUGUGUUGUCGCGUUCGGGGAAACCGUUCCUAAACGGGAGGACUAAACGAAAGCGAGUGCGGGCACUGGCAGCUCUCGUGAUUCAUUCAAGCUCUUAGAUACUAAACGAAAGGGUCGAAAGAACGUAAUUUUAAUUUUUGCCGAGAAACCAGUCGAAGCGUUCUAAGGAUCAUUGCAGCAACGAUUCAUCGAUUUAUCCGUCGAGUUGCAAAUAAAAUCGUUAUUUCUGUGUCCUUAGUCGGACUGAUGUAUGGCGAGUUCGCUUCGACUGUCAAGAGAAUACCAAAAUAUAGUUUGUAGUGACGAGAAAAGGGAGAGACGCGUGAUUCGAGGUGACGCAAUCAGAGUACGAUCGAUUGUAUUAUGAUGACAUCGAUCGGACGAAUUCACUUCGUUUUCUAUGUGCCUUAUUUAACCCUUUAAGAACAGGCAUGGGAGACAAACUAUACUUAGCUAUCAUAGACAUUAUAUGUAUAUACUAUUCCACUGGUAGGACAAGGUUCCGAUUUAUUAUUUACACGUACAUCUCUUUUAAAAUUGAAUUUGUUUAGUUUGAUUCAAGUCACUUUAUUUACAUUAUUUUAUCGCGUGUCUCAAGAUAAUUACGAACAAUCACUACUCAUUUUUUACAGUAAGAACACCUCCUAUUUUUAUUAUUCACCCACGCGUAUUAGCAAACUCAAAAUACCUCAAACUAAAAAUAAUUGACGCCUUAAAAAUAAUUUACCCCUGUGGCCUUAGGAAUCCCUAAAAACGCCUGUCCUUAAAGGGCUGACACCUCCAACGGUCUCUCCGAUCGUUGGCCCUUCUGCAGGAUCGAUUCGAUCGUUUGACCACCGAACGAAACGAUUUUUUUUUAUUACUUAACCAUUCCAUUACGCGCGCCAUUACCGUCGCGAAUGAUUAUUCUGUGAUUUUCGAGGGACCCGUAUCGCUGGUCGAGAACACGUUCCUACGAUACCAAUCUUCCCGCCAGGCUCGAUCAUUUUUUCCACUGUUCUCGUUUUUAGUUGCCGUUGAGAUAUACACCGUGUUAGACGUUUACAAUUAGUGGUAAUUAAUGUAGACGUAUAGACGUCGUUCUCAAGGAUAGCGACGAUAUUCUUUAAUAUUUCUUUUUUUUUUUUUUUUGUGUGUUAUUUGUCGUUUGACGAUCGUUUUGCGAGAAAGAGUAUACAUAUACCAACGCGCCGAAUUUUAGCCAUAAUCUUUAGUAUUAUUAGAGUAGCUUCUGCAGUGAUAAUGCAUACAAAGGUUGAUCUACGGUGGAUCUAACUGAGUGGGAAUAGUUAAGCAUCUUCACGGACUGAGACGCGGAGAAAAUACAUAUUUCAGACACAAGUAUAACAAAUGGAAACAAAUACAACUUGAAUUUUUUAAAACAUUGACAACAGAAUGAACUCAAAAGACUUAACGAUAUUAUACGAAUUCUGAAUUUUGAAUAGCUUAACUUCGUCUUGGCUAGCUUCUGCAUGCUUUCACAAGCCUUGAAGAUACUCGGUUAUUCGCGUUCAUCAACGAUCCACCUUCUACGCUAGACAAGUAUUCAGGAAAGAGAUAUCCACGUUCAGAAUUAUUUUUUUUAAGUACGUCUGGGAAGUGAGUGCUUCCCUAAUUGCAGUGGACCGUUCCAGAGAUAUCGAUGGACCAUUACAAAACGUUGAUCCUUCGGGUGCUACGGACGCUUAUAAGCGUCGAACCGAUCAGUGUACAUUGUACGUUAAUGUUAGUCGACUGCACUGCACGACUAACAUUGUUUAAUUCUUAGAGUCAUCGGGGUACCAGCGUCGACUUGGAAUAACGAGAAAGGCACGAGAGAAAAGACUCUGUGACUCCCGUGCAUUCCGUCGAAUUCGCAUCUCAGUUAACCCAGAUAAGGCUGAAUUUUUGUUUAUUAUUUUUUUUUCUUCUAAACAGUUCACCACGCAUUGAAAAAAGUGUCUCAUCGCAUCAAUCGCUUCUCUGUCUACAAGGACGUCAGCCUCUAACACGCUUAACACAAAAACAGAACACGUUCGAAUGGUUUGACGAAAUUUUUUAACGAAUUCUGAACCCUUUUAGAAGGACGUUAGCCAUAACUGGGUUAAGACGACGGUUAUUCCGAGGCUGGUACUGAAAGGAAGAGAGAAAAAGCGUGGUACGAAAUGUCGGAUCGAGAAGAGUAGCGGAUCUAUCUAGUCAGAUCUAGACACGUUAGCUAAGUAUGUUUACAUCGCGUAUAGGGCUACGUAGAAACCCGAGAACCGCCGAAGUUGCUACUCUUCGAUUCUCGAUUAAACGACGGAAGGAUACGCACAGCGGGCAGGACACGCUACGAAAGGGUAAACAUUAGUGAUGGGAAUGGUACAGAGUCAGUAGUACACAAUCAGAAUUGGAUAUGGAACUAUAUUGAACGAAGUAUCUACUCGAUACUUGACGUAAUAAAGGAUUUGUCUUCUUUGUUUUGUUCCGAAUGAUCGAAUAAUUUGAUUCAACUUUUCUCACAGAGAAUUGCGAUACAAAGGUGUAAUAUAUAAUUAAAAUUGUAAUCUCACGAGAGUGUAGAUGUAGGAUGCAAAUAUUUAAAAAUAUAAAAAUGGGAAUUAGGAAUAAGAAUAUGUUUACUAUCGAGUAGGUACUUCGGUUAUUAAAUUACGCCUAAUCGUAUCAGUUCCAUCACUAGCAGAUAGUUCUCGAGCACGAUUUAUCGUUAUAUAUUUAUUAGAACGUAUCGUUUUGCCACAUCGAUCGUCGCAUCCAGGCUAACGUCGAAGAACGAUAGAGUGAAAAUAAAGUUUGAACGUAAGACAUAA